ACUCGUUUCAGCAUAACACAAAAGGCCUUUGCUUUGCACAAAAUCCACUAUAUCUCUAUACUCUAAAAACCUAGAAGAUUAGGUGAGAAAGAUAAUGGAGGGCAAAGAAGAAGAUGUAAGAUUGGGAGCGAACAGAUAUGGCGAGAGACAGCCCAUUGGAACAGCGGCUCAGAGCCAAGACGUCAAGGACUACACGGAGCCGCCUCCGGCGCCUCUGUUUGAGCCCGGGGAGCUCUCAUCGUGGUCGUUUUACCGGGCCGGCAUAGCCGAGUUCGUGGCCACCUUCUUGUUCCUUUACAUCACGGUUUUGACAGUUAUGGGGGUGGUUAAAUCUCCCAGCAAAUGCUCCACCGUGGGAAUCCAAGGCAUUGCAUGGGCUUUUGGUGGAAUGAUUUUCGCUCUUGUUUACUGCACCGCCGGUAUAUCAGGGGGUCACAUUAACCCGGCGGUGACUUUCGGGUUGUUGUUGGCGAGGAAGUUGUCCUUGACAAGAGCGGUGUUUUACAUGAUAAUGCAAUGUCUGGGAGCCAUCUGUGGUGCCGGCGUUGUGAAGGGCUUCCAGAAGACUCAGUACGAGGUGCUUGGCGGCGGCGCCAACACGGUUGCCGCAGGAUACAGCAAGAGCGACGGCCUUGGCGCCGAGAUUGUGGGCACCUUUGUGCUUGUCUACACCGUCUUCUCCGCUACUGAUGCUAAGCGCAACGCCCGCGAUUCCCACGUUCCUAUUCUGGCGCCGCUACCUAUUGGAUUUGCAGUGUUCCUGGUUCACUUGGCCACCAUCCCUAUCACAGGGACAGGUAUCAACCCAGCAAGGAGUCUAGGGGCAGCUCUCAUUUACAACAGAGAACAUGCUUGGGACGACCAUUGGAUUUUCUGGGUGGGACCUUUCAUUGGAGCCGCUCUCGCAGCUUUGUACCAUCAAAUUGUGAUCAGAGCACUUCCCUUCAAGUAAUUCAAUAAUUAUUGAAGCAAUUGGCCUGCAAAAUAUCUCUGGAUGUAUGUUUAAGUUAUGAAAUAUUUGUACCCCACACAAAUGAUGUGCUUUUUAAGUGCCAAACUUCCAUGUUUUAACCAAUGAGUUAUAUCCUUAUUUUGUUUUCUUUCAGUAUGUAAAUUAUGGGGCAGACAAAAAGAUUGCAUAUUGGUGGUCCUUUCUUACUAAACACCACCUCCUAUAUAUUCAAUAUCUUUUAUUUUCCCCUAAAA